AGGCUUAGUUUCCCAAGAACUUUGAAGCCCAAAUGUUAAUAUUCAACACAUACCAGUGGCUUCUCACAGCUUAUUCAGCUCAGAUCAAAUCUUUUCGGUAGUCCUUGGUGUUCUAAUAAAUCUUGUGACAUUGAUAUAGAAAGAAAGUAGGCAGGGGGUAAACUUCAAUUAUGUGAAAUUAUAAUGUAAGAUAGACCAAAUGAGGGAGAAUAGAUGGCAUCCGUUUGUAAAUAAAUGUCCUUUCGAACGAAAAAUGCAGAGGUAACAUUGUGUAAUCUUGGUUUAUGAGCAAGUAAAGGAGGCUGGAUUCAGUCCACACAUUGGCUUGUCUCCACCCUCCUGGACCGAUUUCUAACUACAAAUUCACUACCGCACUAGCAUCUCAACUUGUGUGACACUCCUCGAGAGAAGAAAACUGGACACUUGGGUGGUCAAGAUGGCUUUGAAGCUGGAUGAGAGCGGCGGAUUGUUUCUGAUGAGCCUGUUAGUGACUUGUGUCACCUACUUGCUGUCCCUCCAAGUGUGUCGCUGGUUCCAGCAGCGCUCGGUUGUGCGCCUGCCUGGUCCGUUCCCUUGGCCCAUCAUCGGCAACGCGGCGCAAAUCGGCAAAGCGCCGCACCUGUAUUUCGCGCGCUUGGUAGAGAAAUACGGCAACGUCUACCAGAUUAAACUGGGCUCCCGGAGCGUGGUGGUGCUGAACGGGGAAUCCAUCAAACAGGCGUUGAUCAAACAGGGCUCGGAGUUUGCCGGCAGACCCGAUUUCACCUCGUUCCAGUACGUGUCCAACGGGAACGGGCUCGCCUUCGCCACCACAUCGGACUGGUGGAAGGUGCACCGCAGGGUGGCCCAUUCGACCGUGAGGAUGUUCUCCACGGGGAACCAGCAGACCAAGAACACAUUUGAGCGACACAUUAUCUCCGAAUUUAAAGAGCUUCUGGAGCUCUUCGUGCGCAAGACCGAGCAGCACACGUUCUUCGUGCCCCUGGCGGACUUGGUGGUGUCCACGGCCAACAUCAUGAGCGCGGUGUGCUUCGGCAAGAGGUACUCGUACGACGACGUGGAGUUCCGUCAGGUGGUGGGCAGGAACAGCCAGUUCACGAAGACUGUCGGCGCAGGGAGCAUCGUGGACGUGAUGCCCUGGCUCCAGUACUUCCCCAACCCCAUCAAAACUUUGUUUGACAACUUCAAGAUGCUCAACCGGGAGUUCUGCGUCUUCAUUCUCGAAAAGGUGACGGCGCACAGGAAAUCCUUUGAAUCGAGCACCAUUAGGGACAUGACGGAUGCUUUGAUUGUGGCUUUGGGUAAAGUCAGCGAGAAAACUGGCCGCCGAUCGGACAAGGACUAUGUGUCAGCCACUGUUGCAGAUAUAUUUGGAGCAAGUCAAGACACGUUGUCAACAAUGCUGCAGUGGAUCAUUCUCAUCCUUGUCAAGUACCCGGAGAUGCAGGUGCGUCUUCGAAGAGAAGUGGACAUGGUGGUGGACCGCAGUCGCCUCCCCUCCAUCGAGGACCAGCAAGCGCUGCCUUAUGUCAUGGCCUUCAUCUACGAGGUGAUGCGCUUCACCAGCUUCGUGCCGCUCACAAUUCCUCACUACACUACCACAGACACCUCGAUCAGUGGUUACGCCGUACCAAAGAACACAGUGGUUUUUGUCAACCAGUGGUCGUCCAAUCACGACACCGCUGUCUGGUCAGAGCCGGAGAAAUUUGAUCCCCAGCGUUUCCUGCAACCCAGUGGUGAUCUGAACAAGGACAUGUGCAACUCUGUACUCAUCUUCUCUGUGGGGAAGCGGCGCUGCAUUGGAGAGGAGCUGUCCAAGCUUCAGAUCUUUCUCUUCACAGCUCUUCUGGUUCACCAGUGCCACAUUAGCACAGACCCGGCCAGGGCGCCCGGCCUCGGCUACAGCUACGGUCUGACUCUCAAACCAAACCCUUACUUUAUCGCUGUGUCACUGCGGGAUGACAUGAGGCUGCUCAAAGAGGUGACCAGCCAGGUUUUAGACGGGGAAAUCAAGAUAACUCCCUCAGACUCUUAAAAAAAGGAUGAAAAUAAAUUAAGUCCAAAAAACAAGCAGGCAAAAGAAGUGAACAUUUCUACGAUGAAAUGGCAAGUUCAGCAAAACAUGGCGGUCAAGUUGUGUCAGACGUGAUCACUAACAGCAAACCUAUCGUGAAUUUGUUUGAUAGCGUGAGUUAGAGACGGAUGACACAAGACAUGUAUUCAUAGCCAUAGGCCAUGCAUGAAAAGUCUUCAUUCAUCUAAAUAUACUGCUUACAUGCAUCAUGAAGUCGAACCAGAUUUCAGAUGGCGCGACGCAGAGGCUAGAGUACUGAUGUGAUGCAAGAACAUCAUGGUAGGAUUCUUCUGUUGGGAUUUAAAUACUGAACUGGAGGUCUUCAUUUAAUGCAGCAUUUCUGUUCAAGAAUGACUCCAUGCCCAACAAGCCAAAACAAACUCACAGUGCGCUCUGCUUGGCAUAACCUGCAAGAUAGUUAUUUACAAAUAAGGCUGAUGACCCAUUAUCUGAACCUCUUCAUCCUCACAAGGGUCGCA